AUGCCCAUGACCGACGACACAGACGAUAGCGGAGGGGUUAUCCUAGAUGGCCCCUUCGACCCUGACGCGCAGGCUACGGUAACAGACUUUAUCGACUACACCGAAUACCUCCCGGCAGACUUAAUCCGCUCCUUGACCCUCAUACGCGGCCUCGAUGACCGAUACCUCGACUCGGCGCAAGCAGUACACCAGCUCACUCAGACCUACGGUCAGCUCCCAGACCUUCCUCCCGAUAACCGACCAGGCGCAAUUGCACUGCGCAAGGAUAUAUCUUCUCAAAUUGAUCGUGCCAUCAAUGCGCGUGAAUCAGCAUAUGCCGAGGCCUGUCGUCUCUACGAUGUUGUAGAUCGCCACUUCGACCGAUUAGGUUGUAUCCGCCAGAAACUCGAAGCACUGCCGAAACCUGCCUCAGAAGAACCAUCACCUCCACCCGAACCUACACCGAAGCGUGCGCGCGGAGGUAAGAAGACCAACAAGGAUGCCACGACGCGUAUCACCCUUCGAUUAGAUAACAACCGCAGCCGGAGAGAUAAAAAUCGGAGGCGCAUGCUAGGUGCUGAUGGGGCUUUUGAUCCAGACUCUCCGCUUGCUAGUACGGAGCAAUCGGACUUGGAGAGUGAACUCAUUAAAUCUGCCCCAAAGCCCGCUCGACCCCCAAAGAAGGACAAAGCACGUCGCCUGAGCUUGGGUAACGGACCGUCGACAGCCCAGGCUCUUGCGCAGUUGAAACCACCACCAGCUGACGCGAAAUUAGGCAGUGAGGACCUGCCAUGGUUGCGCUUGACCGAAUGGGAGAUGACCCGACUGCGGAAGAAGAUGAAAAAGAAUGCUGUGUGGCAGCCAAGUGAAGUAAUGAUUCACCGUGAGCUAGCCCUGGCAAAUCGCGGCUGGGAAGCGUACCGCGCAGCGAAGGCCCUAGCGGAAGAGACGGGAAACCCGGCGGGGGAGGCCGCCAAAGAUUUGGAGGAGACGAAGCUGAGCAAUCGCGGAAUGAAACUCAACGAAGCAAAGAAGUUGAAACGCGAACAGUUGGCUCGUGAACAGGCAUUGAUGGAAGGCGAAGGUGGUGUUUUGCCCAGGCCUUUGCCAAGCCCCGCCCAAGCACCCCCAGCCGCGAAUCGAUCAUCACGGAAGAGGAAACGGGAAGAGGUUAUCCUAGAAGCAACAAAUCUUGCUCCCGAGCCUCCCAACCCUACGCCAGUUGCUGCCCCAGUCGCACCACCCGCACCUAUCCCUGUCCCUGCGCCCUCUUCAAGGGCUGCCCCGUCUCGACGCAGAUCUAGCCGAGGAGCCGUUCCAGCCACCGAAACUAACAACGACCUCAUCCCCCCCGAUCAAAACCCACGCUCCGGGCCAUCCAACCCAUCCCUUGUCCAACCCGUCGUCACUACACCAACCCCACCCGUCACUCGGCCUUCAUCGCGACGCUCUAUAGCCGCCGCCUCAAUCGAAGGAGGGAACCUCAUUGCCAUUCCAACCGCAAUAGCAGCAAGUGGACGCGACCGCCGUAUCAAAAGCGCAACACCUGCUCACAAAACCCCCAUCCGCGAGUCAUCGCAUGCGCCAAGUGUUCCCGGCCCGGCCCGCCGACGCAAACGUCCAGCACCAGGUCCCAUUUCCAGUGGUCAAGAUGGUGGCGCAGCAGUGAGCUACGGACGCCGCAAAGCCAAGCCAGGAAAGAAACGCCUCAGCAUCCGCGACUCCCAGGAUGUCCGUGUAGAUGAAGACGGCGUUCUUGAGCAGAUCGAUGCCAAUGAGCCCCGAUACUGCCUCUGUGGAGAUGUUAGUUUCGGGACGAUGAUCUGCUGCGAAAAUCAGGAUUGUGACCGUGAAUGGUUCCAUCUCAGCUGCGUGGGUCUGACCGAAGUCCCCUCUCGCACAGCCAAGUGGUACUGUCCCCAGUGCCGUGUCACGCUGCACAAGGGUGAAGAUGGAAUUAUUAAGGGGAGCUCGCGACGUUAA